AUUCUGGUUCAGAAAAAAAAAAGAAAAGAAAAAAAAGUGGGUUCUGACCCCUUUUUUCUUUACCAUUCUCUUGAAUCCACUUUUCUGUAAUCCAUUAUGGCAACCGUAGCAAAAUCUGCAGCAGCAGCACCUAGCAAGACCGGCGGUGGAAAAUUCCAAGACAAGGAAAAACCUAUGGAAGUUCGCUUAUCAAAUAUUACUGCUGCCAAAGCCGUGGGUGAUGCGAUCCGUACAUCUUUAGGUCCUAGAGGAAUGGAUAAAAUGAUUCAAACCGGCAAUGGUGAGGUUGUUAUCACCAAUGACGGUGCUACUAUUCUCAAGCAUAUGGCUGUUCUUCAUCCUGCUGCUAAAAUGCUUGUCGAUUUAUCUGCUGCACAAGAUGUUGAAGCUGGCGACGGUACCACAUCCGUUGUCGUGUUAUGUAGUUCACUCUUAACAGCAGCUGAGAAAUUGCUCAACAAAGGCAUUCACCCUACUACUAUUGCUGAAUCAUUCAAAAAAGCUGCUGCAAAAUCGGUUGAAUUCUUAACUGACAUGGCAACACCCGUCGAUUUGAGCGAUCGUGAAUCAUUGUUAAGAGCAGCUUCCACCUCACUCAAUUCUAAAAUUGUAUCUCAAUAUUCUACUCUAUUGGCCCCCAUUGCUGUCGAUGCUGUUACCCGUGUCAUUGAUCCAGCUAUUGCUAAUAACGUCAAUUUGAAUGAUAUUCGUAUCGUCAAGAAGGUGGGCGGUACCAUCGAUGAUACCGAGUUAAUAGAUGGUCUUGUUUUGAAUCAAACAGUCAUUCGUUCUGCUAAUGGACCUGUUCGUAUGGAAAAAGCAAAGAUUGGUUUGAUUCAAUUCCAAAUCUCCCCUCCCAAGCCAGACAUGGAAAAUCAAAUUGUCGUAAACGACUACCGUCAAAUGGAUAAGAUUCUCAAGGAAGAACGUCAAUAUUUAUUGAACAUUUGUAAAAAGAUCAAAAAGUCAGGAUGCAAUGUUCUUUUGAUUCAAAAAUCUAUUCUACGUGACGCUGUCAAUGAUUUAGCGCUUCACUUCUUGUCAAAGUUGAAGAUUAUGGUGGUGAAGGAUAUUGAACGUGAUGAAAUUGAAUUUAUUGCAAAGUCGCUUGGAUGUAAACCAGUAGCCGAUAUCGAUUCAUUCACAGACGAUAAAUUGGGCUAUGCAGAUUUGAUUGAAGAGACCGAAAGCGCAGGUGCUCGUAUUGUGAAAGCUACCGGCAUGAAGCACAGUGGAAAAACAGUUUCUGUCAUUUGCCGUGGCGCUAACUCCCUUGUCCUUGAAGAAUCCCACCGUUCUCUUCACGAUGCUCUUUGUGUCGUCCGCUGUUUGGUCAAGAAGAAGUUCUUGAUUGCUGGCGGCGGUGCCCCUGAAAUCGAAAUCUCUCAGAAAUUAAUGGACUACGCAAAGACGCUGACGGGCAUGGAACAAUACUGUUUCCAAGCCUUUGCUGAAGCUCUGGAGGUUAUCCCCACUACCUUGGCCGAAAAUGCUGGUUUAAAUCCUAUUGCUAUUGUUACUGAAUUAAGAAACAAGCAUGCCCUUGGCGAAAAGACGGCCGGUAUCAAUGUCAAGAAAGGAACCAUCACAAAUAUUCUAGAAGAGAAUGUCAUUCAGCCAUUAUUGGUCACUUCGAGUGCACUCGAGUUGUCUGCUGAAACUGUCAUGAUGAUCAUGAAGAUUGAUGAUUUGGUCCAAAGCCGAUAAAUGUACAAAAUUGAAACCAAAAUAAACUUAUAAUUUAUAUCUUUUCAUAACGUAA